AUGCCCGUAAGUCAGAUCUGGAGCCAGAAAUCUUCCCUUGCUGCUGAGCAAGCUGCAGCGGGAAGCUUUGACACUGCAAUGCGUCUGCUCCACAGACAGCUUGGCAUAAAGAACUUUGCGCCUCUGAAACGAUGUUUCUUGAUCUGUUCAGUGGCAGCCAUAGCUAUCUGCGUGCUUUGUCUUCAUCUCCUGUGGUUUCGCUUGCCAUUGAGCGUGGAUGGAACGAGUCUUCCAGUCCCAACGUCCGUGGCAUGCCAGCUCUUGUUUUUGAUUCUCUCAGCUAGAAGAGAAGCUCAAAUCUGGCUACAAAGCCACAACAGUGGGAAAUUCACAGAGGCUCUCCGUCUCUUCCUCUCAAUCCUCCAGACCAUCCCUCUAGUGGUAGUCGAGUCGAGAAGAGAAGUCGACGAGGUUAAGGAUCUGGUCUCUAUCGUUAAAGAAUACGUCCUGGGUCUUAAAAUGGAGCUUAAGAGAAGAGAGACGAAAGAUGACCCUGUGAGGCAGCAGGAGCUCGCUGCUUACUUCACUCACUGUGAACUCCAAGCUCCUCACCUACGGCUCGCCCUGCUCAGUGCAAUGGGAGUCUGCUACAAGGCAAAGAACCUCGCCACUGCUGACAAAUUCGCCAGGAGGUUGUUGGAAACAAGCCCAGUGGAGAGCCAGGCCAAGAUGGCUAGACAAGUUAUACAAGCUGCUGAACAGGACAGAAAGACGUUUCGUGUCCUUACUGCACCGCUCGUUUUGUACCAAGCCAGGAAGGAAACAUCUGCACGGUCUGUGAUCUUGCAGUCAUUGGCGCAGACGCAUCGGUUUGCUAUGCUCUCCAUCUCAAGUCCGGUGAACAAUUCAGUUUCAAAGUCUAUUCCAAUUGUGAGGUUCUAUUACUAUUUGAGGAGAGUAUGA